CUUCGUUUCUUUAAAAAAAAACACUAGUUUACGAGAAGUUAUAAACUGUGAUAUUUAUUGAUGUGUACAUGCAGCUAAAAAACCUCCAACUGGCUUUUCUGUCCUGUUUAUUGGUAUUGGCAUUUCUGUGAUAAAAGUUUUAUAUCUUUGCUCUGCGUGAUGCUUGUUAUUUGAGAAAAAGACGCAGGUGGACACAGUUGAAAAACAGACAAGCCAAUCAGAUUGCUCCGUCCUCCUUUAGCCAAUGACAGGCGCCACAUUGUUGUCAAAUUUGUCUAAUGAAAACGUAGGAGAGCAACAAUAGAGAGAGAGGGAUCUGUAUCCACUGGCGAUCUCUCGAGGAAGUUAGUGUCUCACGCUGGAGCAGGGAGAACAAGCUCAGCUCACAUUUACUACACUUCUUCUGCUCGAAGAAUGAUCGAUCUUCUGUGGUAUUUCUUUAGCUGGAAACUUGUUUGAGAAAAUCGUUUUCAAUAACUGGACAAUUCUGUAUACGCUAGAAGCGCAGAAAAGUUAUUUAUUAACUUUUAACUAAUGGACUGAUUGGGACAAACAUAAAAUUGCCGAGGUGCUUUAAAAAUUCAAUCACGUUGGAAAAAAAAUAGGGCACUGUUAAUUUUACACUUUUGUGCUCUCUUGUCGGAUGCUUGCUCAGUUAAUUUUUUUUAAGUGCGACUUGAUCGAAUUUAGAAAUCGAUUGCUACUGUUUAACCUCGACGAUCAAUCACAAGUCCAUAAGAGGGCAGAUCAUGGAUCUUCGUCCGGAGCUUUCUGGCGCUCAGGCGGGCACGCAGGUUCACCCCGGAGCCACUGCAGCUGCCUCCAUCCCCGUGUCCAUGGCCAGCAGUCUGUUGAGAGGCCCGCCGCUGCUGCUGCGCCCUGCAGAGAAAUAUCCUCGCACACCCAAGUGCGCCCGCUGUCGUAAUCACGGCGUUGUGUCUGCGCUUAAAGGACACAAACGCUACUGUCGCUGGAAGGACUGCAUGUGCGCAAAGUGCACUCUCAUAGCCGAAAGGCAACGAGUGAUGGCCGCGCAAGUGGCGCUGCGCAGACAGCAGGCGCAGGAAGAAAAUGAAGCCCGAGAGCUUCAGCUCCUCUAUGGAACAGCAGAGGGACUCGCACUGGCCGCAGCAAACGGCAUCAUCCCGCCCCGUCAGAACUACGAAGUGUUUAGCCAAGUUAGCAACGACAGCAGCUCUGAAUCUAACAUGCAGAAGUUUGAAUUAUUCACCAAGACUCCACUAUCAGGAUCUGUGACCCCACAGCCUACAGCUGGAAAGUCUGCAUCUGCUGAUACCGAAUCAGUACCUGGGAUCUCAUCCCCUGAUGCACACCAUGGCUCUGGGUCCGAAAAUGGUGACGGAGAGUCAUACAUCAGCUCUCCAGCUCCCAAACCCAUGAAAGACGGCGAGGAAACGCCACCAUCAAUAAGUCCACUUGGCUCAGACUCCGAUACAGACAAAGAUGAACAAGAGCCAUCACCCUCCUCUGCUUCAUCUCGUCACAUGAAUGCUAUUGACAUCUUGACCAGAGUUUUCCCCACACACAAGCGCAGUGUCCUAGAGCUUGUCCUCCAGGGAUGUGGGAAGGAUGUUGUCCAAGCCAUCGAGCAAAUCCUUAACAACAGUGGGCAGGCCAAACCUCCAGAAGAAACCUGGUCAGCAGAGAGGGUUCUUCAGAGCGUCCAACAGCCCUUGUCUACUGCUCCACGGCCUGUGUUACCUGGAACCAUGACGCUGAGCAACAGGUCAGCCUUCUCCCCUCUGCAGCCCAAUGGUCCACACUUUGGCGCUGACCCUGGCACGUACCCUCUUGGCACUCCUCUGGGCCUUAACCCACUUCGCCUGGCCUACUCGGCACAUGGCCGAGGGCUCACCUUCAUGACUCCUUACUCCACAACCGGCCUGAUGCCCACUUUGGGAUUUAGGCCACCAAUGGACUAUGCUUUCAGUGACCUGAUCAGAGACAGGACUCUCCUUCAUAAGGACCAGAGCUACACAAAUGGACUUUAUGGUCCUCUGAUUAACAACACUCCAGAAAAACAGUGAGCGGCUAUUUCACUGAAUAAAAACAGGACUGAAAAAAAGGUGAAAAGGCUAAUUUAGCCCAUUUUGAGAGAAGUGUUCUGUGUCUAAAAAAGACUUAAACCCCUUAUAUACUUACCCUAAUGACAUUCUCUGUACAUAGAGAUUUCUGAUUUACUCACGUGACGAAAUUAUUCGACUGGCAUAAAGUAACACAUAUCUAGUGUUAAGGGUUUAUGUCGCCGUUUGUGCUGAUAAUGGUUACAAAAAGCUCUAAUUUAAACAGAUCUCGCUUGCUGGAUCAAACUAAUCACAUGGAGUUCAAUUUAAAGAGUAACCAGUAUUUUCAUGUAAAUUGCGUAUUUUGAAUUCUUGAUAUAUCUGUUACAAUGCUAUUAGUUUAUUUACUGAACGGAUCAAGUCUCAGUGCGAUAAUGGUGCAAUUGAGGAAUUUUUUUUCGUCGUUAAAAAAGAGAGACUAUACUAAUAUUAUUAUACGAUCUUCAAACGUCAUUAUUUUAGCUGACGCUCUGUGAAAUUGUGCCAUGUUAAAUGACCAAGACAUAAACACUUCUGUUAAGAUUAUUGUUAAAGAUCUUGACUAAAGUAGAUUCUCUGACUCUUUUUGUGCUAUGUUGAUAUGUUGUACUUACACAAAAAUAUGUUACAUCCCGAAACAAUAUCACAUCAAUUUCAACGUCAUAUGCGCAGAAAACCGUGGAAAAAAACAUGUUCGUGGUGAAUGAAAUCUUGUUUCAUUGUUACUGCUGUACA